AUGAAUACAAUAAACAGUAUAAUAGUUUUUUUUUCUUACAUUGUUGAAGACUGGACAGCUAUAAUGAUGAUGGGAAGUUAUUAAGGCUGGAUAAGACAUGCAAAAGUUCACUGGAAUAAAUGCCUUGAUGUAGAAAUUGGUUUGAUAUAGUCUUUAUAUAUAACCUUUUUCGUUUCGUUUAAAAAAGAAAAAAGAACUUUUGAAUCUUAAUUUCAUUUCUUGUUGCAGUAGUAGCAGUAGUAGUAAUAGUAGUAGUAGUAGUAGUAGUUGUUGUUGUUGUAUUAAGAAAAAAAGAAAGAAAAGAGAAGAAAAAAGAAAUUAUGAAUACAGAAACAUAUAAAGAAAGGCCAUUAGGCUUACUCGAAAAAUAUCAAUUGUCUAAACAUCUCACUAAUGCCUAUGGUAAUAUUACCCUUACUCUUUAUUUAGAACAUGCUCCCAUCCAAGCGGACCAAGAAGAACUAUUUUAUAGACAAUCUUUUUAUCCUGUGCUAACACAACUUAUUAAAAGACAUCCUAAUCUUUCAAUUAUUGUACGCGACAAACUACAAAAGACGGCUCACUUUGUACAAUUAUCUACUAUCGAUCUAUCAAAAAUUGUCAAAGUUGUGAAUAGUUCUGACUCGUUAACAGACCUCAUUCGACAAGAAACAUCGUUGGAAUUUAACCUUGAUGACAUGUUACCUCUUUGGCGUUUAACAAUUGUUCCACAAACGCUUACAGGAUGUAAUGUCAUCUUCACUGCACAUCACAUUAUUGCAGAUGGCAUGAGUUUAACCAUUUUUUGGAAUGAAUGUCUAAAAGCCUUGAAUGAGAAUACACUAUCGUCUAUCACUACUACUACUACUAUUGACACGAUAAUUAAAGUUCAGCAACAUGCUAUAGCCCCACCCUAUGAAUUGUCAGGCGCACCUACUUUGUCUUUAGUAUGGGAUGUUGUGCCCGUCCUUUGUAAAAACUUUCUUCCAAAAAUGUUACCCUCACCACUAGCUCACUGGAUCGAUCCUCUGGUGGAUGGUACGAGUUGGAGUGGUGAUUUUGCUGCUGUAGAAGGCGAAGGUCAUAAGACCAAAAUACAACUCAUAAGUGUGCCACCCACUGUUUGGAAACCUAUUUUGGACAAAGCCAAAGAAGAGCAAGGUGUUUCAGGUCAUGCCAUCUUAUUUAUUUGCUUACUGAUAGCAUGGGCAAAGUUAUAUCCAAACGAAAAGACUGAAGCCUCUACACCAAUUAAUUGUCGUGGUUUAUGUAAUCCACCUGUUCCUAAUAGUCAAAUAGGAAACUUUGUUGGUGGAUACACGACUAUUUGGACAUCAAAGCAACUACUUACACAAAGUCCAUGGAAGUUAGCAAAGGAAUAUUCUCAAGGUCUAUGCCAAAAUAAAGUCAAUGCAGCUAAACAAGCUCUCUUCUUAAGUUAUUUACCACAAUUCCCUGAAUCCUUUUGUGACUUUUGGUAUGAUAAACGAAAAUAUACAAACUUAGGACGAUCAGGUGGAGUAGAAGUUUCUGAUUUGGGUCGUUUUAUUAUGAAUACUCACGAAGAAGAAGAUGGUUGGAAACUAAAAGAUAUUUAUUUUUGUCAAAGCGCGCAAAUAUUCACGAAUGCUUUAACAUUUAACACCGUCUCGGCCAAUAAUGGCCUUUCUUGUACACUUAGUUGGCAAAAAGGUUCUCUUGACGAAACCAAACUUGACCAAUUUCAAAAUGUCUUUUUAGAUAUCUUGAAUAAAUUAAAAUAAUGUAUCACGGAUUUAUUUUAUUUUA